AAGAACCCUCACUUUCCCUCUCAUUUAUCCAUCCCCCACUAUUACUACAUCUCUCUCUCUAUUCUUAUUGUUGUUAUUGUUCCCUCUUGUUCUUGCUUUUCUUAAUUUUGUCACACUUUGAGUUGUCAUUAAAUUAAGUUAUGGGUAUGGAAAAGCUUAGUUUUGUGAAAGACGGUGUACUAAGAUUGCCACCUGGAUUUAGAUUUCAUCCUACUGAUGAAGAACUUGUGGUACAAUAUUUAAAGCGCAAGGUCUUCUCCUGUCCUUUGCCAGCUUCUAUUAUACCUGACAUCGACCUUCACAAAUCUGAUCCUUGGGAUUUACCUGGUAAUUUGGAGCAAGAAAGGUAUUUUUUUAGUACUAGGGAAGUGAAGUAUAGAAACGGGAGCAGGUCAAAUAGAGCAACUAACUCAGGGUAUUGGAAAGCAACUGGACUUGACAAGCAAAUUGUGAGUUCUAGAGGCCAAAAACAACUUGUUGGUAUGAAGAAAACUCUUGUUUUCUAUAAAGGAAAGCCUCCACAUGGUUGUAGAACUGAUUGGAUUAUGCAUGAGUAUCGUCUUGCUAAUCUUGAAACCAAUGCCAAAAAUGUUCCUACCCAGGAAAAUUGGGUACUAUGCCGGAUAUUUUUGAAGAAGAGGGGAAGCAAUAAAAGUGAAGAGGAGAACAUGGUGUUGAAUAAUACUACGAGUUGUACAGGGGAAAAGAGCAAGCUAGUUUUUUACGAUUUUAUGGCAAGGGAGUCUAUGUCUGGUUCAAGUGGGAUAACUGAGCUGUCUACUAAUGAAUCUGAUCAUGACCAUGAAGAAAGUAGUAGUUGCAAUAGUUUUAGAAGAAAAAACAUGGCCUAAUUAGCUUAGACUUGGCCUUAAUUUCCUUUCUUUUCUUUUAGUACUAAUUCGACGAAAUAACCAGUUCAAAAGUACCUAGUUAUGGCUCAAAUGUCGCCUCUCUUUCACACUAUCUCAUUAUAUAUAUAUCCAUCAACACCCACAAAAAGGGAAAAGGAUAGAAAGAAUAAAAAGAGGGAAAAUCGGCAUGUCAACAAAAAUCCUAAUUUGGAGAGAGUUGCUGGUUUUACUAUGUGUACUCAAUCCAAUUAAGAAUUAGUGAACAACAUAUAUUGUUUUUUAUUUAA